GACCUCAAACCGGAUAAUGUGUUGAUUACAUACGACGGGUAUAUAAAGUUAUGUGACUUUGGUUUGGCUAAAGAGGUCGAUAAUAUUGAUUGGUAUCGUAUGUCUAAAACUAAACAUACGGCAGACGUAGGAACUAUAGAAUAUAUGGCACCGGAAGCCCAGACUAAUGAUUACAAUCAUAAGAUAGAUAUCUACAGUCUAUCCCUAAUUGGGGCUCAAAUAUUUGGUUUUAAUAUCAACGAUAUAAUGGACGGAAAUUUACAU